AAAACAGAUUGUUACGUUCAAUGAAAUUUUGUGUACAAAAUGUUUUUCGUCGAGAAGUUACUGUCGCAAGAUGCUAACUAUAAAUCUAUAGAGUUAUUGAAUUUUGUGCAGCUCUUGCUCAAGGAGUCGAGAAGUAAGCAGGCGCGGCUUCAUUCAUUGACCUCAAACUACGGCUGGCUUCAGUCAAGACCUGCAGAUGUGGAUGUGGACCUGGAAAAAUACAGAACAAUGCUUCUAAAGUUAUCUUCUGCGUCAUGUGCUGCUAUAGCAGUUCAGAUGGAUCGCCUGACAGAAGAAUGCCAGUCCGUUGACGACAUACUGAUGAUGUUCGAGAAUUUUAUCAACGAACAGACAAAUAUGGAGAUAAUUGAAAACAACAUAAAGAAAGAAAAAAAGAGGAAAAUAUAUCCUGAGUUAGUUUCGGAUAGUCGAAGAUCGUCUCUCUCUUUCAUUACAAACUAAUUUUUCCCCGCGACUUCGCUCCAGAAUUAGUAAUAUAUGUAUAAUUGACCGGGCGAACUCUAUCCCGCCCUAGAGGCCAUAAAUAACCAGAUAUUGGAAUUUAUUAAGUAUUUUUUAUCUUGUUCCAUCGAACAGAAUUAAAUAUCCUACAUCCGUCUCCUGGUAAGCUAUUUCCCCGCCAAUUUUCAACCAUAUCCCAACAGCCGUUCUUGAGAUAUAAAUAGUGUAACUAACACAGCUUUCUUUUACACACUACAUACGAAGCGUUUCACGUUUGACAUUCAAUAGCCUACGUUAAUACUAUCUGUGAAGAUUUAUGCGAGAAAAACUAUUGACUCAUCCUAUAUGAGCUAGUGGCAUCAAGAAAUACAUAGUUUUGCCGCUCUGUAAAGCAGACUAUUUCAAAACUGA